AUGGUUACGAUGAAGAGCAUCGAGGAGGGUAAACAAGAACUACAAAGGUCAGUCAGUCAGCUUUUUGCUCUAUUGGACCAGAAAAUAAAGUCGGAACCCAACUCUAAAUCAGUUACUGUUAUUGAAAAGGAGAAGCUACGAAUUCUUCAAGAGGACUCGGCACGCGUUAAAGAUCUUAUUGAUGACAACGAACGACUCGCCAACGAGCUCGAAAGACUCAGGACAGUCACUGCACUAGAUGAAUCCAUUAAAUAUGAUAACAUUAGUUCAUCAAGGAAAUCUGGAUUCAAGCUGACGAGGCCAAAAUCUUUAGACUCAGAUAUCCUUAGAGCUAACGGCAUCACUGGCUCUAAACAACUUCCCGACUUUCAAACUUCAAAUUCUAGUGUCCAGAAGACUGAUUAUCAACGCCUAGUUCAGAAGUAUCACAUACUUUCAGAAAAUUGCAACCAGCUACGAGAAGCUUGGAAACGAAUAGAGUUUAAAUUGAGAGAACAAAAACAAAAAUGUCAAGAGUGGGCUUCUCUAUUGGACCGGAAGAAUGCUUACAUCCAAGAAAAAAACCGGACGAUUAAGGACCUUGAGCUAGAAAUUAGAGAACUAAAACAUGCACUGGCAGAAAACAACACGGCUUUGAUAGUGCCUACAAAGGAGCUUACCUACUUCACCCAAUCAUCAGACUCAGUCAAUGAAAGAAACUUAUCUUUAGCGCUUCCUGAUCAGAAUAAUAGUAGAGACCCUGAUGCAACUAAAACCCCAGAAUUAAUGAAUUCAGAUAUCUUGGAUAAUAAAUCUCCAUCAGGCAUGGGGGCUUGUCAGCCAUUACUUCCAGCUCUGCCUAUUCUACCUGAUAAUAAUGAUUGUCAGAGCUCAGAAAUGAAAUCUUCUGAAAAAUGUUACGUUAGCUCAACAGCUAGUUCUUCAAUGUCAUCGCCUCUUCAGAAUCUUGGGAGUAAUCGCGAGAUGUUGCCAAAGCUAAAAAAACUACCAGAAAAAAAAUUAUUAAGUUCUACGCAGAGAAUACCAAAGCGGAAAUCCCGUGAGAGGGAAGAUAAUAGUGCGCACACAAAAACUAAAGAUACCUCAAGUAGUCCUGCAAAUAUCCUUAAAACCAAUUGUCUCCAUGAGAGCAUCGAAGUCAACGAUCUAGAUGAAGAGCGUCCCGACUCAAGAAAAAAGAAAUUCUUAGGAUCGUCAGGAGAGCCAAAACGCAUCUUCAGAACUUCAAACAAGCGAUUAUGGCCUAAAAAUGGUUCAUCAGGCUACAUAGAUAGAAUUAUAAUCGAUAGGUCUCAACAUUUAAAUGCGCUCAAAUUGCCAAGGGAAAUAGAUACUAAGCUAAGUAUAAUUCCGCAAAAUAAUUUUGAAAAUAUUUCAGUUCAUAGUUCUGCCAGUAAAUCUUCAGCUAAGAAGUCUCAGUUAACGAGCAAUCAAGAAUCUGAGAAUGCUUCCAUAAAAAAUACAGCUGUUGAGAACGAUUUCGUUAUGACUGUACCUGAAAACGAAAAUAUUCUUAGCCAAUUCAUUGAUUCAUCCCAAAUUCUAGCUGUAAAUUCCCCAGUCGUUCCAACAAGGCCCAAAAAAAAUACCAAGGAUUCCGAUAUAAGAUUAGAGAUUCCUUGUGUUUCGGAAACCAAGGAAGAAACUCCACCAUCUUCUCCACCUACUAUUGAGACCAUUCAUGAACCUGUGGAAAUGAAGAGUCAACUCUUCAGCAAGGAUUCUCCCCAGGAAAUGUCUACAGCUUCCCGCAACUCCUACACAUUCAAAAUCGACGGUUACGAGGGACAUAAAAACAAAUCCCCUUUUUCUAGAAGAUGUGCAAAACUGAAAUCAGAAAAUACUAGGAAAAAGAAAUAUCUAUAUAAAACUCCGCUUAGGAAUCGACCAGUUGAAGAUCUUAAUAGUCGGGACUUUAAAAUUAACCCGGCCUAUAACCAGGGCUUUAAGUAUGCAUUUUCAGAAGUUGUUCGUGGACAUUUACGUGAUAAUCUACAAGGCUGUUUAAAACCAUGCUGCGCGCCACAGUAUCGAGCUUUGGCUGAAAUGUCUUGUAACCAAAAUAAAUCACCUACGAGCUCACAAGAAGAAAAGAAUCGGACUAUAAUGAAGGAAUUUCUGGGUGACAAUGCCUACAAACUAAAGAAUAUGGGUAUCGAGGAGAGAAGAGAACUUCUUAUCCAAGCGAGAACAAGAAGUCUUGCGAACAAGCACGGUAGACAUCGACAUGCAUAUGAGGCUCCUGAGUCCCCAGUUGGUAUUUGGAGAGCUGAUUUUCCAAGUACACAAGAAGCUAUAGAGGAUUCGAGGAGGAUCAGGGAAAAAGAAAGGGAAAUAGUCGAAAAGAGAUAUGCUGAAGCUAUGAGACCUGGUGGCGCCUUUAAAUUUCGUGACGAGUAA